AUGCAACCUCAACUUCUCAUCCUAUAUGUGGCAGUGGCCACCAAUAUCGCGGCAUUUCCAAUUGGCUCUCACACCAUCAGUUUUCCUGUUCUCUUGAACCGAGCACUUGCCAGCUACUCCCCACAGCUGAAAUCUCGGAUCAUGGAAGUAGAGCAAAGAAGUAGCACCGACCCCGAGAAGCACGAGGCCGACGAGCAGAAGGACAGGGCAUCGGCUGAAGAGAAAGAAAAGAAGGAGCAGGAAGCCAAGAAAAAGGCAGAGGCCGCCGAAAAGAAGGGAGAUAGUGAGGAAGCGGCAAAGCAGGAGCAGAAAGCGGAAGAGGAGGAAGGGAGAGAACAGACUGCCAAGAAGCAUGCUGAGGCAGCUGAGAAGAAAGAGCAAGCUGCGAAGGCAAACGAGGAAAAAAAGGCAAAUGAGGAGAAAAAGGCAAAAGAAAAGGAGAAGGAGGAGGAGGAGGAGGAUUAUUGA